AUGGCUAGUCGACCAGUGACGAGACAACAGACUCACCGGCCUCCCUCCACGGUAGCCUGCGAAGCAUGUCGCAAGCUGAAGAUGAGAUGUGUCCGUCCGAGUCAAUCAGAAGGAUCUAUCAUGCCAUGCGAUCGGUGCAGACGGAAUGGCCGCACAUGUAGUAUUCCUCCUUCCCGACCCUUGGGACGCCGACCAGGAGCGGUUGGUCGAUAUCAGGGACUUGAGAAGGCCUAUCAUCAGAUGAAAACACAUCUAAAAAGGGAGCAUACCUCGAGAAACAGCGUGGGGGAGGUUGGUAAUGUACAGAACGCAGAGAAGCAAGUGUUCGAUCUGCUGCGCUCGAAAAUGCAAAGCAACGAGGAUCAGUCGUACCGACCUAUCGAUGCGAAAGUUGCCACGACUCAGGAUAAGCCUAGAAGUCCGGUUGUGACUGAGUCAAACGCCAUGCAACAAGCUGGAAUGGCCUCGCAUGUCAUUAACGAUCCUGUUAGCAAUCCGCUGGCACUGCUUGUCGCUGCCUCCGGGGCCAUGCAUUCCGAAUCGAUACCGAACACUCCGGUGUCCAACGCUGAGUCGGCACAUGAAGGACAGUCUCCGUCUUCGACGAGUAUCGCGAAUCGCAUGCUUAACCGGCCAGGGCAUCUGUCACUAGGCCUACAAUUGAGUGAAGAAUCGCUACAGAGUGGACUCGACGCCCUGUUUACGACUCCGACAAGCAAUCACAAGUGCACUGACUAUUUUCGCUCUUCCGAUGAUGGCCCACCACGAGAUAUUGGCCCAGACCUGGACCCUGUUGAGUUAGGGUUGAUUUCAAUGGAGGAGGCUUACCACUUAUUUUCGAUUUACUUCAUGCGCUUACAUCGAGUCAAUGGCAUCCUUGACCCUAAAUUGCACACCGUGGACUAUGUCCGGUCCAAGUCGGCCCUGCUGUUUACAUGGAUGCUCGCCCUCACGGCACAAUUUGAUCAUGGGUCCGCGGCGAUUGCAAAGCGACUCCGUCUGCAUGGCGAGAAAUUGUCGCGACAUGUUCAUACGUCCGGGUUCAAAUCAGUGGAAAUAGUGCAGGGGUAUUAUAUUUCACUUUUGUCGGCCACCCCAGCUCGAAUGCUGUCGGAAGAGCGAUCAUGGCUAUAUACCAUGUAUGCAUUUGGCGUGGCGGCCGAGCUGGGGCUAGAUCAGACGUCCCCGUCAUAUGCAUCUAACGAUGUCAACCUUACCCCGAACUGCACACCACGCUCACCCACUAAUUGCGAUCGGGAAGACCGAAUACAUAUCCAGCGACUAGUUCGCAAUCGGGAGAGAACGUGGCUACGUAUCCUCCUCUGGGAACGAGCGAAUAGCGGCGCCUCCGGACGAAUGAAUGCCAUCCCCGAAAACGACCUGACCUGUAACAUCGAGCGCUGGUGGAUGCAUCCACUAGCAGACUCGACGGACAAACACACCGUUGCCUUCAUCAUUCUCCGUCGUCACCUGGCAUUCUUACACGCGGAACUACAGCGACAGACAGGGAUGUCACAUGCCAAUCCGCAUUGGGUGCGCGACCUCAUAGAUGCCACGUUAGAACCGUGGCGGAAGACAUGGAUAUACACUAUCGCCCCAUCUGCAGAACCGCUGCCAGAUGUGCAUCUCCAUCACGUAUAUCUCCAUAACCGAUUAUGGACCUUAUCAUUCGCCCUGCAAGCUUCUAUCAGCAGCAACCACGAUCUCAACAUCAUGCGGGAGGACUGUUUCCAGGCCGCAGUGCAUUGCUGUGAAGUCGCUGUGCACGACCUUCAACAGAUCGGGGAGCAACUAUACUGCAUGCUUGCUCCGACCUGGGCGAUGAUAUCUUACACCGCUAUUCUUGCCCUGAAGCUCUUCCAGUAUGUAUACCAGGGGCGGCCGGGUGGCGAGAUAGAGCUCCUCGCGUUACUGGCACAGGUUGCACUCCAGCUUGAACGCGCUGGAACAACACCAUCACACCGGUUCGGGAUUGCUGCUAUAUUAGGGCAGCAGUUAUUGAUGAUCCUACGGACGCGAGCGGCCGGGCUGGCUUCUACAACUUCCGUAACGGAAAACGACCACGAUGGUAACAGUAAUAGCACCCAAAUUCCCUCAAAUCGUCUCUCGGGAGAACGCUCGUUAAACACCAGUAGCACGGCGGAUAUGCCGCCGGAUAUACAUCUCCAGGAUCCAUUAUUAUCUCCGUAUGACCCCUACUUAACGACCUCUACACUGGGGAUGGACAACGACGUUAUGGGCGACGGGUUUGCGGAUUUAUUUCGAGAGAUAUUUGGCCCUAGCUUUGGGGAAGUCUUUUAG